AUGCUUUCCUCCAUUGGCCGCGCCGCCGUCCGCCGGCUGGCCGCAACUCCCGUUGCUACGUCAUCCGCCAACGUCGUGGCCGCAACAUGGGCCUGCCGUGUGCCAUUCCGACCGGCCAGGCUCUGCGCUGCGCGACUCUACGCGACGGCUGUCUCCAAGCCGGCCAAGAAGCCUGCCGCCGCCGCCAAAACCACCUCCACCAAGACGAAGAAGCCUGCCUCUACCAAAGCUGCUGCAAAGCCCAAGAAGACCGCGGCCAAGGCCAAGGCCAAGAAGCCAGUCCAGAAGGCCCCGAGAGCGAAGAAGCCACUGUCGCCCGAACAGCAGGACAUCAAACUGCGCCGCGAGUUGAAGAAAAAGGCCCUGUACGACACUCCCAGGCAGUUGCCCGAGUCGGCAUGGACUGUUUUCCUUACUCAGGAGACCCGACAGGCGCUACCCUCCGGAGGUAUCACCAAGAUGAUGCCCGAAAUUGCUGCCAGGUUCAAGGCGUUGUCCUCAUCUGAGGUUUCUCAUUUCAAGGAAAUCGGCGACCAGAACAAGCUCCUCAAUUCUGCCAAGUUCAAGGAAUGGCUCGCGCAGUACACCCCGCAGCAGAUUGUGGACGCCAACAACGCCCGCAGAACGCUUUACAAGACGUUCAAUUUCCCCAAGGGCAAGUACGUCCACCUCAUCAAGGAUGAGCGCUUGCCCAAGGGCCCCCUCAACGCAUAUGCGUUUUACCACAAGGCGAGGUGGGCAUCUGGCGAAUUCAACAACCAUACUACUGCCCCCGAAGCCUCUCCCAUCAUCGGCCGAGAGUGGAAGUCACUGUCCGCCAGUGACAAGCAGCCGUACCUCGACCUUGCCGAGGCUGACCACGAGCGCUAUACCAAGGAGGUCAGGGCCAUCUUCGGCCGUGACCCUCGCGUUCGCUCCAGCCCCAGCCCCUCCACCUGA